AUGGCGCGGUGGUUGUCAUUCUUUGCAGGAUACAACUUUACGGUCGAGUACAAACCAGGACGACUUAAUGUCGUCGCUGAUGCACUCUCACGUCGUCCAGACUUUGAAACAGUCGCGAAACCCAACAGUGAGACAGUCACUGUUGCGGUUAUGACGUCCUCAGUCCCAUCUACAACGUUGUAUGAUGAUGUGAGGCGGGCGUAUGCCCAAGAUGGUGAGAUUGUGAAGUUGUUGAGCGGCACCAUCUUCCCAUCUGUGCAUUCGGAAUCUGGCGUGUCCACACUAAAACCGAACGCUGGAUCAAUGCAGCGCAUGCGCUUCCUGUCUCCUCGAUCGACUGCCAAGUUCUUCAGCGCGUUGGUCUCGGACAGCCGCUUCCUGGUCAAAGGAGAACUUACAAAGCUCGCUCCAGGAGCGAUUCCAGCCGUCGGUGUCGAGGCGCGUUUGACGCACGUCUUUUCGCUCGAGGACACUCGCGCCUUUGCUCAACUCUCUGGAGACAACAACCCGCUGCAUGUGGACGCCGAGUUUGCACGCAAAGUGGCAGCGAAGAGCAAACCUCUGGUCCAAGGUCUUUUGUCCGCCAGCCUCUUUGCCGCGAUCUUCGGUCGCACGAUACCGGGCGCAGUCUACGUCAAGCAGCAUCUGAGCUGGAGGCACCCCCUGCUUGUGGAUGAGGAGGUGACGGCGCGCAUUCGCGUGACCAAAGUCAGAAGGCGUUUCGUCGAGUGCGAGACCGUGUGCACGAAAGGCAGCGACGAUGCCGUUGUUGUUGUGGACGGCCAUGCGACGCUACUACUACCAUCUGUCGUAACUUAA